AAAUACAUAUAAUUUCCCCUUUUUCAGAGUUGACUCGUCUAAGCGUUCUCAAGAUCGAGAUGACAAUGUCAAAGUGAAAGUAAAACAUGUUGAAGGUUUUUCAGAAAGCGUGCUCUCAGUUGUUGUCACUGGAUGCUAAAUUGCUAGGGGUAUCAUGCAAUAGAUCUAUGAGACUAAAAUGGAGGCAAGAUGAAGAAGAUGAAAAGAAAUCAGAUGAACUGCCAAGUGUCUAUGGAGGAAUUGAAUAUAAGAGGAAGAAAACACCUAAUGUCACGCUAGAGCAGAGCAUGGAGUAUUUCUCUAGUGCAGCAUACAGGAAAGCCUAUGGCACAGACAAAGUUUGGAUGAGAUACAGGAGGAACUACAGAGGAAACAUCAUGCCAAAGCCCCGCUAUUCUUGUAAACAUAAAGGAGUUUUCUUGACCAACAACCCUUGUCCAGUAUGCCGAGAUAUCUACUUUGUUGUGGACCACAGGCACAUUGAGCUUCUAAAGCAGUUCCUAGAUACCAACACAGUUCAUGUAGCUGACAACAUGAAAACUGGAGUUUGUAAUAAACAGCAGAGAAACCUGAUUCGAGCGACAGAAAGGGCAAUUGAGGAAGGGUUCAUGGAAGGGCCUCUGACCUUUAGAGGUUACGAUAUGGAAUAUUACAGAUCCUUGCUGAACAAAACAGAGGAAGAGGAAAAGACAGACGUUCCAUUCAAAAUCCUAAACCCAGAGCUACUUCCAUAUAACAUUAUUAAGAAAUACUCACAAGCUAAGCAAGAAGAGAGAAAGGAAAAACUUAAAGAAGAAAGAGAAAACACCAAAAUUUGAAAAGAUAAAGUGAUUGUAUUGUAAAUAAAGGCUUUUUAUUUAAUUCAAUA